AGCACCGGGCUGGAUUUUAUGGGCUAGCAGCCGCAGGAUGCGCGCCGCCCGGGCUGGUCGAGUCCACGUGCCGGGGGAAGACCAAGAGGCCGAAUUUAGCUGAGAUUCAACGCAAGACAGCAACACCAGAAGCAGGAAGUCAGCGUGCCGGAACCUUUGACGUGUGUUAUUGUUUCCAUACGGAUCAACGGUGUUGUCAGACAUGGCGGCUUGCAUCCACACACUGUUAAAAGUUUUAACAGGAUGUCAGAGGCAGUUACUUAGCACCGGGGGUUCUUCCCAUUCAGGUGUGUCAUACGCUGUGUCAAGGAAUCUCCCGGUCAGGACGUUUGCAGCAGCUAAGCCAAAAAAGAAAACGAAAAAGGAAGCAGAAGCGGAGGAGGUGAAGAAACGGAGGCGAGUCCUUGAUGAAACAGGCAGACAGCAACUGUAUGUUAAGAAGACGAAGGUACCCGUGGAUGAUGUGUACUUGGUGAAGUACUACCCCACGCCUGUUUACGGUGCAUUGGAGGCUAUCGACUUGCUGAAGAGAUUCCAGGUUUUGGACUUCACUCCCCACGAUCAGGCCGUUUACAUCAACCUACAGCUGGACAUGUCACUAGAGAAAAAGAAAAAAGUGGAUCAGUUUGUCAGCACUUUGCAGUUACCACACCCCUUCAAGAAAGACCUAAACAAAGUCUUAGUUUUUACAGAGGACGCUAAUCAAGUUAAACUCGCCCUGGAGAGCGGAGCUGCGAUUGCUGGAGGAGCAGAGCUCAUAAAGCCGCUCUUACAUGAUGAGAUUUCCGCGGACUUCUAUAUUGCGGUACCAGAUAUCCUUCCCAAACUUCUGCUGUUGAAAAGCAAACUGAAGAGGAGCUUUCCCAAGAGUACGAGAGGCACAGUUGGUGUCGACAUUCCCAAGAUGGUCGAGGUUUUUAAGACUGGUUACGAGUACCAGGUGGAUCACCAGUGCUACAUCAUAACCCAGAUAGCAACGCUCGACAUGCCCACAGAUCACAUCUUUGCCAACCUGCAGGCCAUUCUGACUGAUGCAUGUUCGCACCGACCAGCUGAGUUUGGUCCUUUCAUUCAGGGUGCGAUCAUCGCCAGUCACACCAGUGAGGCGCUCUGCUUCAAGACUGAAGACGUUUUACAGCAACCAGAAGAGGAGCAGCAGGAGUGACGCCUGUCACAUUAAACAUGUAAUUAGGGAGAAUAUUUACUGAAAACAAUAAUAAAAA